GCUUCCUGUCCUUCCUGUGGAGACUGGUCGCAAGUGCGCAUGCGCUGCGUUGUCGCGUGGUGACGAGAAAGCAGGAGUACAGGCAAAGACGUCAGCAGACGCAGCAGACGGCCGGCCCCGAUAGACCACGUGACCACCAUCGAGCACAAAGCGCUCUAUGAGUCGCCCAGUCCCCCCACCCCAUCUUUAUUCACAACGCAUUCUCUCUCUCAUACGGGCUCUCUACCCCUGAGCGGUUCACCCAUUCACCGGUUCACCAGAGGCAGCGGUCACUGGGUUCCCCAAACAGAUUCGGUACGCUCGCCUUGCCGUCGGCGUGCGUUGAAAAAAGUUACACCUUAGCUUAACUGGCAUGAGGCGAUGAAUAUACUCGGAUUAAUAAGCCAACUUUCGGGGCUAAGGGUCGCCCACCAAUGCUCGCGACUGGCUCCACCGAUCUUCCUUGGCCUGAGCCACAUACACACGUCAGUGCGGCUAAAUGCUGAGCCGCUCAAGAAGAAAAAGCGGCUGGAUCCUGCCAUCCUACGCAUGAGGGAGGAACGGCGCAAACGAAGGAUCGAAAAAGGCAUUCGACAGCUCAAGAAACACGCAAAGAAGCACAAGCCCAUUGAGGAAAUGGAGGUGGCGCCGAAGUUGCAGAAAGAAAUCGGGCUGAGGCACAGGACCUUGCCAGUCCUCAACCACGAGACGUGCCAAUUACGGGAAGCGAUGCAGAGGGCUUGGACUGUCUACUGCAAGAGGAUGCACGAGAACGAAGCCAGCAUGAUGGAGCGGGUGGUGGCAGCACAGCAGAAGGCACUGGACAUGCUGCAGGAAGAGUCCCCAGAGCUCUACCAGGCAGCAGUACAGGUUGACGAAGGCUUGCUCCCGUUCAAGCUGAAGGCAGUGGUGAGCACCCCGCCCAUCGAGAAUUACGAGGUGCCCGACGGGAAAUACAUGGACACAACCAAGAAGUGGAGGCCCUGAUCCGUCAUGUGGAUCCUUAGAAACUUGCGCAAGUAUUAAAUAAAUGAAGUGAGCAAUAGGAGUUUCCUCAAAA